AUGGCCGUGGCAACUCAGAAGAUGCCCAAGACACCUACCUCGGUCCAAGGGGGAAGUAUCAAGACAUACUACCAGAACAAGAUCGAAGCUGCCGAAUUGGAUAUAACUAAGAAAACUCAGAAUCUCAGACGUCUCGAAGCUCAACGAAAUGCUCUGAACACCAGAGUUCGUCUGUUGAGGGAGGAACUUCAAGUACUGCAAGAACCUGGAAGUUACGUUGGGGAGGUUGUCAAAGUGAUGGGUAAGAAGAAGGUAUUGGUAAAAGUUCAACCCGAAGGAAAAUAUGUUGUCGACUUCUCACCUGAUAUUCCCAUUUCCGCACUUACCCCCAACAUCCGAGUAGCUCUCCGAGCCGACUCCUACCUCCUUCAUUCAAUCUUACCUAACAAGAUCGAUCCCCUGGUCUCUCUGAUGAUGGUGGAGAAAGUUCCCGAUUCGACAUAUGAGAUGGUCGGUGGUCUAGAUAAACAAAUCAAAGAAAUUAAAGAAGUCAUCGAGUUACCUGUGAAACAUCCCGAACUAUUCGAAUCAUUAGGUAUAGCUCAACCCAAAGGUGUAUUACUCUAUGGUCCUCCAGGUACUGGUAAAACCCUUUUAGCGAGGGCUGUGGCGCACCAUACGGAUUGUAGAUUCAUUAGAGUAUCUGGAUCGGAAUUGGUACAGAAAUACAUAGGAGAAGGAUCAAGGAUGGUUAGAGAGUUGUUCGUGAUGGCUAGGGAACAUGCUCCGUCAAUUAUCUUCAUGGAUGAAAUUGAUUCGAUAGGAAGUUCGAGAGGUGGUGAAGGUGGUGGAGGAGGUGAUUCAGAAGUUCAAAGGACUAUGAUGGAAUUGUUGAAUCAACUGGAUGGUUUUGAACCUACAAAGAAUAUCAAAGUCAUCAUGGCUACCAACCGAAUAGAUAUACUCGAUUCAGCUUUACUUCGACCAGGUCGUAUCGAUCGAAAGAUUGAAUUCCCACCUCCCAACCCCGAAGCGAGAAUUACUAUUCUUAAAAUCCAUUCGAGAAAGAUGUCAUUACAACGAGGAAUCAAUUUCCGAUCAUUAGCUGAGAAGAUGGGUCAUUGUUCAGGUGCUGAAGUCAGAGGUAUAUGUACUGAGGCUGGUAUGUACGCAUUAAGAGAAAGAAGACAAUAUGUAGGACAGGAAGAUUUCGAAAUGGCCGUUGCCAAGGUGUUGAAGAAGAAUGCGGAGAGUAAUAUGAGUGUCAAUAAGUUGUUCAGUUAA